AUAAAAUUUCAAAAAGUUGUUUAGAAAUGUAUUUAUUUGCUCUUAGUUUUGUACAUAAAUUUGUUUAGUAAUUAAGAAUAUUGUUGGUUGGAUCUACCUUUUAUUACGAAAUUAAAAUGAAGAAUGUUGCAUUAGAUCAACUUUUAGAGCUCCAAGGCCAACCAGAAUCUAUCAGAAAUAUCUGCAUUUUGGCACACGUGGACCACGGUAAAACCACUUUGGCUGAUGCACUUGUUGCAAGCAAUGGAAUAAUUUCAAGCAGAUUAGCAGGAAAGUUGAGAUAUUUGGACAGUUUGCCAGAAGAACAGCUCAGAGGAAUAACAAUGAAAUCCAGCGCCAUAUCUUUGCUUUAUAAUAAUGAUUCGAAAUCUUAUUUGAUAAAUCUAAUUGACUCUCCUGGACACAUUGAUUUCUCAUCAGAGGUAUCAACCGCUGUUCGCUUAUGCGAUGGUGCUCUGAUUGUUGUUGAUGUUGUCGAAGGCGUUUGUCCCCAGACUCACGCAGUUCUACGCCAAGCGUGGUUAGAAGGAAUCAAACCAUGUCUUGUUCUCAAUAAAAUCGAUCGCCUGAUCACGGAACUCAAGCAAUCUCCAUUGGAGGCCUUUAUCCAUCUGCAGAAAAUACUUGAACAGGUAAAUGCGGUAACUGGAACGUUAUUUUCAACGGAUGUUCUUGAGAAGACGAGUUCACAGCAGGCGGAGUCGAGGGUCGUGGACGACGAUCACGUGUUUGACUGGAGCUCUGGUUUGGAGGAAGUCGAUGACUCCACUUUGUAUUUCUCUCCUGAUCAGGGAAACGUCGUCUUUGCCUCUGCUGUUGACGGCUGGGGCUUCAGAGUUGAAGAUUUUGCUGCAUUGUACUCGAGGAAGAUCGGAAUACGCUCGGAUGUGCUCGUGAAAACUCUUUGGGGAGAUUAUUACCUGGAUGCAAAGAACAAGAGGAUUAUGAAAGGUGCUCAAGCUAAAGCCAAAAAGCCGCUGUUUGUACAGUUCAUCUUGAACUACAUUUGGGAAGUUUAUGAAGCAGUUUGUGUCAGAAGGGACAAAGAGCGUAUUGAAAAGAUCGUUCAAUCAUUAAACUUAAAGAUUUCUCCACGAGACUCCCGACAAAAGGACGGGAAGGCUCAUUUACAAGCCAUCUUUCAUCAAUGGCUGCCGUUAUCAAAAACUGUUCUCGAAAUGGUUGUAGAAAAACUUCCUUCGCCUUUGGAAAUAAGUUCAGAAAGAGUUGAAAAAUUGAUGUGCGGAGGAUUGAGGACAUUUGAGUCGCUCUCUGAUAAAACAAAGUCCCUUAAACAUGCGUUUUUAAGAUGCAGUUCUGAAGACGGGGAUCCUGUCAUUAUAUUUGUGAGUAAAAUGUUCACAGUUGAGGAGCAAGCUUUACCACAGAACAGACGGAGGCCUUUGACGCAAGAAGAAUUGGCGGAAAGGCGCGAAAAAGCUCGGAAAAAACACUCCGAAAUGUUUUCCAAAAAAGAAAUGGAUGAGACCAGUUCUGUGACCGUAACCACUGCACCAGAAUCAACUGACCACAGUGUCAGUGCAUCAGGAGCUGGGCAACAAACAGAAAUACCAUCGACUACCAAUGAUGAUGCCACAGAAUCGCCUGGUGAAAAUAUGAGUAGCGGUGAAGCCCCAGAUCAAUUUAUUGCGUUUGCGAGGGUCUAUAGCGGUGUGAUUAAGAAAGGACAAAAAUUGUUUGUGCUUGGACCAAAACAUGAACCUUGUUCAGACGAUGCUGCUGUUGAUGAACCUGAGGAAAUAUAUUCACAAUCGACCUCAUCGGUUCUUUCAGCUGCCCAGUCGAUAGACCGUCGUGAAACUGGCAGACACGAGGCUAGUUUUAUUGUAAAGAACCUUUAUCUAUUAAUGGGGCGAGAGUUGGAGUCACUGACAAGUGUACAGGCUGGGAAUGUCCUUGGUAUCGGUGGCUUGGAGAACUACAUCCUUAAAUCGGCAACAAUAUCAAGUACUUUAGCGUGUCCGCCGUUUACCGCUUUACCUUACGACGUGAGACCGAUUGUUCGCGUGGCCGUGGAACCGCUCCAUCCGGGCAACAUGUCAGCCUUACAUCGCGGGAUGUGCCUGCUGAAUCAGGCUGAUCCCAUUGUCGAGGUUCUUGUCCAAGAAACAGGUGAACAUGUUUUGGUUGGUACUGGGGAAGUUCACAUUCAGCGUUGCAUAGACGAUUUGAGGAAGCGCUACGCCAAUGUUGAGGUGAAGGUGUCCGAUCCUAUUAUCCCUUUCAGAGAGACAGUUGUGCCUCCACCUAAAGUCGACAUGGUCAAUGAAGCGAUUCAAAACGAGUCCAGUGUUCAGACUGGGAAAACAAGCAAAGAAAACAAAGAAAAAUGCGAAGUUUCUCACGGCGAAUCAAGCGAAAAUGAUAAAAACCAACUUGAUCAGAAUGUCGCCGACGCCAGAACGGGCCUUUACCGCGCGCAGACUGGAAACAAACGUUGUACGAUCCUCAUCCGGGCACGUCCAUUACCCAGCGACGUCACCCGUCUCCUGGAUACCAGUUCCGCUCUUCUCAAAGACUUGCAAUCUUUGAGGAAAACUGCGCAAGGAUCUGGGACGGUGAAGAUCAAGGAAAGCGCGUUGGAAAAAUUGCGGGAAUUUUAUGAGAAAUUGCGGGGCGCUUUUGAGGAGUCUGGGGAGGAGUGGCAGGACGCGGUUGAUAGGAUUUGGGCAUUCGGUCCGAAACAUAUUGGUCCUAAUAUUUUAUUGAAUAAAAUCUCUGGUUAUCAGAGGACUUCGUUAUGGAAAGAUAUAGUAAACACAGAUGAACAACAGCUACCAGAGACGUCCAUUCUUGAAUACGACAACAGUAUUGUUAAUGGUUUUCAACUUGCCACCUCGGCUGGGCCUCUGUGCGAAGAACCCCUGAUGGGAGUCUGUUUUGUUAUCGAGAAUAUUAUCAUUGAUUACGGUUUUGAUGGCGAAGAAGACUUGGACAAAGAGAAGGUGGAAAAUAUCAGCUCUGGUUUAGAUGAAAAGCUUGUCGCUUGCAUUGAGGAAGUGGCUGAAAAAGAUGAACCCAGUCAAGAACUACGAGAUGAGCUCGGGGGGGAACACGGGAAUGGUUUUGAUUCUUCCGGGAACGGUCAAACGUGUUUACAAAAGGAUUUGGGAGAGCAGGAACCUAGUUUCUCGAACAAAAACCAGGCUAAUUUUACAACAAAACCUUGCCAGAGCGAGGAUGUUGUUGAAAAUACAAAGGCGAAAAGCGAAGACGAUUUAAAUCCUCAAGAAACCAGCAAGUUUGUUUCAAAACAGGCAUUGCUCGGUAUUCUCUCCGGGCAGAUAAUUUCUGCUGUGAAAGACGGUUGCAGGCAGGCAUUUCUGCUUCAACCCGCACGCCUGAUGGCAGCGAUGUACAGCUGUAACAUCCAAACGCCCGCGGAUGUCCUGGGGAAGAUGUACGGCGUGAUUUCGAAACGAAAAGGGCGUGUUCUGGGGGAGGAGAUGAAAGAGGGGUCUGAUGUGUUCAUCGUGAAUGCAGUGUUACCAGUCGCUGAGAGUUUUGGCUUCACAGAGGAGAUCAGAAAGCGAACAAGCGGUCUUGCUCGACCACUAUUGCAGUUCACACAUUGGGAGGUUAUUGAUCUUGAUCCGUACUGGGUCCCCACAACCGAGGAAGAAUACUUACAUUUCGGAGACAAGGCCGAUUCUGAGAAUCAAGCAAUGAAAUAUAUGAACAGCGUCAGGCGAAGAAAAGGUUUGUACGUUGAGGCAAAGACUGUCGAACAUGCUGAGAAACAGAGGACAUUAAAGAAAGAUUGACAUGCAUCUGUGUUGUUUUUGACCAAUGAAAAAGGUAAUGGCAUUGAGAUUUUGAACAGAACCGUAUGUGAACUGAGUUUGACCAUUAAGCAGCCGAGUAUGGUGAAAAAUGAAAAUGGAAGAUUUCGAAUGAAAGGGAGGUCUGUGUUGUUUCUGAAGAUUAAAGGAGGAGGUAACAGUAUGGAGAGCUUUGAUAAGAGGUUUGAAACGUUAUAAACAGUGUUAGACAAUACGAGGGCUUGGAAUUUGAAGUUAAGGUCUGAUAUGCAAAAAACAGAGAACAUUUGAGAAAAAUUGAAGUUUGUGUGUUGUUUCUGACAACCAGGAAAAGAAUGGUAUCUAUAUUUUAAAGAGAGGAGAUUAGAAGUUAGAACCUUGCACAAACUGCGUUUGACGAAGGAAGGGAUCCUGAGUUGCAUUUAGACAUCCUGGGAAACACAGGAUAUCGAUGUAAUGGAAUGUGCUUCAUCUGUGAACGUUUGAAACGAGAAAGACUUCGAAGAAAACAGUUAAUUCAGGAAUUGGAUUUAUUAGAGAUGAGCUCUGGCAGCAAGAAUACGACGGUAUUUCAGACACGAAUGUUGACUUCGGAAAGUGGGAAACUUGGCUAUAAAUGAGAUGGUUUUGGAACGCAUUCAAAAUGAGGAAAAUGGAAAGAAUAUUGAAAAAUAACAGCAAUUAUUAUGGAAGUAAUGGAAAAGAAGAAAUACGUAGCAUUUUAGAGAAAACAGUAAUUCAGAACAAACCCAUGCAAAUACGAUGCAAAUGCAAAGCUUGGAUAGAUAAAUAUUUAUUGCAAAGUUGUAUCACAUAAGGAAUAUUGUAUUUUUACAAU